CUUUAUCAACCAAUCCAUUCCUUUAUAUUCAUCUUUUCUUUCCUUCUUCUUAUUUUUUUUUCUUUUUAUCUAUUUAUUUAUAUAUAUAUAUGUAUGACCUCUUCUAUUCCAUUACAACAUGUCACUCAUUCACCUACUAUGGAUACCUUUGUUGAUCAAUUUAUGACCAUGGUCGACAGUCGGCAUAGUAUUCAUUCUUUCUCCUCUACUUCUUCUAACCCUCGACAUAGUGAAGAUAAUUCUCGUCUCAGUACAGAUAGCGAUUUGGAAAAUAACGAAAUGAUGCGCAAAACUUAUUAUGAACAUACCCAGGAUAACGAUGAUAAUAGUAUUGAAGAUGCUGACUUUCUUCACACUUCUUACAAAGAAGACGAAAACGAUGAACAUGAACGACUUGUUUCUGAUGACCAAGACUCACAACAUGAGCCCCAUACUGUACAAUCUUUAAAGGAACGUCGCCGAACAUGGAUUUGUUUUCUCUUUCUAGGCAUAUUGCUUAUUGGUUGGUUGGCAUGGAUCAUCAUUGUCAAUAGCCUAAGUCCAGAUGGUUCAACUCAAAUUCUUAGUAGUGGUAACCAUAUAGAUCUAGCUGAUAUCUCCAAUUCUGAUUUUAUACCAAAAAGACCUUCCUUGGUAUGGCUUGAUAGCAGUGAACAAAUGGAUGGAGUGUUUACGUUUAUUGAUCCUGAAAAUCACAGCAUUAUGAUGGUUUCUGUCGACGAAAACAAGAAACAAGUGUUAUUGGACUCGAAAGAUCUGAUGAUCAACCAUCAACCAUUAUCUAUAUCACGUUAUACCUUUUCAAAGGACAACGCUUACAUGAUGCUAUGGACAAACGAAACAAAUGUAUGGAGACAUUCGAACUUGGCUACCAUUUAUAUUUAUAAUCGAUCUGACAAAUACCUAUUUCCAUUAUUGAAUACUUCAACCAUCGACAAACCACCAAACAUUUCUUACGCUGUAUGGAGUCCAGUGGGUCAUCAAGUAGCAUACGUGAUGGACAACAAUUUAUAUAUAUCCGAUUUACACUCACAUAAGCAAAUCACUUAUGAUGGCUCUGCAACAGUGUUUAAUGGUGUUCCUGAUUGGGUAUAUGAAGAGGAAGUACUUUUGCAAAACUUUGCACUUUGGUGGUCUCCUGAUGCAACUCACUUGGCCUAUUUACGACUAGAUGAAACAAAAGUGCCUGAACUCCAUCUACCGAUAUACACUACUGACAAUGAUAGCUAUCCUGAUGAAAUGGCCAUUAGGUAUCCAAAGGCUGGAGCUCCAAAUCCAUUAGCUUCUUUAUUCGUUUAUUCUUUGACUCAACAAACAACAAUCAUGCUGACAAAAAAUGCAACUUCUCCUAUAUCAGUGGCUACGAAAAAGGAACACCAAGAUUUCGAUGAAGAGGAUCGCAUCAUUACUGAAGUACGCUGGAUAACCGACUCUCAUACGCAUCUCCUGUUCAAACAAACCAAUCGAAUUCAAGACAAACAAUUGACCAACCUAUUCAUGAUACUUGAUGAAAAGGACAGCGACGAUAUCAGCAGUUUUGUGACGACAGUGGAUAGUUAUAGCCCAGUAGAUGGUGGAUGGAUUGAUUUGACUAAAUCAGUAUCUUUCUUUGGACAAUAUCGCAACAACGAUGGCUCUUGGGCGGUGGAUUAUGUGGAUAUUGCUGAUAAUGGAUCUGGAUACCUUCAUUUGGCCAUGAUGACAAUUGGACAAGAUUUGACAAUAAAAAAACGAUGGCUUACUGACGGUGAAUGGGAGGUAGAACAAGAUUCUGUGGUGGUGGAUAGAAAACGAGCUCUUGUGCAUUUUAUAUCUACUGAACGAUCUCCAUUGGAACGACAUUUAUACACCAUCUCUUUAUUUGCCUCAGAACCUUCGAUCACCAAGAAAUGUUUAACAUGUCCUUCAGAUGCGGAUAUCCAUGCUUAUUACCGUACGACUUUCUCACCCUCAGCUGGUUACUAUAUCUUAUACUACGAAGGACCCGAUAUUCCUACAACAGUGGUGAAAAAGGUGGAUGAUCCUAUUUUUGAACUGUCUUUGCAAAAAAAUGAUCGAUUGAAAAAAUUAUUGACCAAAUAUGACUUGCCUCGAAAGCGAAUGCUUACCAUCAAAAGUAGUACUACUGAUAUGAAUGCUGUUGAAUUACUACCACCUUCAUUUGAUCCUAAAGAAAAAUAUCCUGUAUUAUUCCAAGUAUAUGGUGGUCCUAGUAGUCAAAUGGUGACUUAUCAAUUUGAAUUGGAUUGGCAUACGUUUUUAACAAGCAAACUUCAAUACAUUGUGGUGACGGUGGAUGGUCGUGGGACAGGAGCCCGUGGUCGUGGAUAUCGUGUAGGUGUACGUGGUCGACUUGGAGAAUUGGAGACCAUUGAUUAUACAAAUGCUGCAAGACAUUGGGCUGGAUUGGAUUAUGUUGAUCAUGCACGAAUUUCUAUUUGGGGUUGGUCUUAUGGUGGAUUUCUUGCUUCGAAAUGUAUUGAAGCUAAUAGUGGAGUAUUCAGCGCUGGUCUUGCUGUGGCUCCUGUCACCGAUUGGCGAUACUAUGAUUCUAUUUAUACAGAAAGGUACAUGUCGACUCCCAAAUUGAAUCCUCAAGGUUAUGUUAAUAGUGCAGUGAACAAUAUGACUGGGUUUGCCAAUGCCAAAUUCUUAUUGGUACAUGGAACAGCAGAUGAUAAUGUUCAUUUCCAACAUACAGCCAUUCUAGUAGACAAGUUGACAAAGGCUUCUAUACAUACAUACAAAGUCCAAUUUUAUACCGACAGCAAUCAUUUUAUUGAACAUAACAAUGCCAACGAAAACUUGUAUUAUUUAUUGACCGAUUUUUUAUGGGAAAGUUUUGGUGGCGAAGAAUACUUGCACCUUCGUAAGGAAACGUAUGGAAAAUUCUCUGGUGAGAUCCAAGGCGAAGGUGGUGGUGGACAUAGCCAUGCUCGAAGAGGAUUUAAUAUAGGUUAGAUAGCCGACAUUAUAAGACUAGUUUCUUAUUGACUGUAUUAUGCAAAUCAUAUCUUUUUCUUUUUAUUUUUUGUUAAACAUUUCAUUACAAAUAACAUUUCAUUACAAAUAAAACAAAGGGAGUUGAUGUUUUUACAGAA